AUGCUCCGCUCCCUCUUCUCCUUCGUAUACCAAAACCCCUUCACCUCCACAUCGCUCUCCACCCCAGAAACCAGUUCAAUCGAGAAAAAAACAGACCUCUUCCCCAUCGUCGAUCCCGCCGUCGACGGGCCCGACUGCGACCAGGACUGCGCCGACUGCACCAUCAAAUUCCCAGCCCGGUUCAAACUCAAUUCCAACAGGGAGCUGUACGGGAGCGUCAAGCCGUUCAUCAAACAUGUACUUGUCGCGACGGGCAGGGCGGACUGGGCGCCCAGGGUUGAGGGUGAGAGGGGAAGUUUGAUGGAGGGGUUUAAGAGGGGGGCGUUUCAACCGAGGAGGGGGAAAAUGAUGAUUUCGGCGUCGAACUUGUCCAUUGAUCCGGAGCGUAUUAACCACAUCACCAAUGGCGAUCAAGGACUGGGGCAGGAGAACGCUACAACGGUCCUCAUCUUGCCCUCAUUCACCUUUGUCGACAGAGUAACGGUCUCGCGACUGCCAGAGCUCAUGGAGCGUUUCGUAGACCCCUCUGAGCCAGACAAGUUGAAGAAGCUGAAGCCAAACCAAACGGCCAAAAUACCUCAUCCCGUCCACCCAUCCCACCACAAACUAACAACCCGCCCCUGGCCCCGCGACCACCUAAUCCUCCUCUGCUCCCAUAACCGUCGCGACGCCCGCUGCGGCAUCUCCGCCCCUCUCAUCCGGCGCGAGCUAGAGCGCCACCUGCGCCCGCUGGGCCUCUACCGCGACGAGGACGACACCCGGCCCGGCGGCGUAGGUAUCCUAUAUUGUGUCCCAUGUGGGAGGGCACAAGUUCGCCGCGAACGUGUUGAUAUAUCGGCGCGAGGCGGAGCAGAUGAUUUGGCUGGCUAG